CCACGAGUGCUGCAAAGCAUCUGCAGUGUGGCCAGUGACCACUCGGUGGCGCUGCUGAACCUGAAGGAACGCAAACGCAUCUUGCUGGCCUCUCGACACCACUUCCCUCUCAGUGUGGUAAAGUGGCGACCCUCACACGACUUCAUGGUGGUCGGCCUCUUGGAUGGCUCUGUUCAUGUCUGGCAGAUGGAGACAGGCCACCUAGACCGAGUCCUUCGGGGUCUAGCAGCGGAGGAAAUCCUGAACGCAUGCGAAGACUACUCUGGGCACCGAGUAGAACGCAUGACAAGCGUGGCUGGGCAUCACCAUAACAUGGCUGUCAUACGGCACGCCAGCCAGCGUGGAAUGAGCCAUCGGCACCACUCUUCGCACCACCAUGCUCCCGGACACCAGCAUGGAGGACAUGAAGCUGGAGACAGUGCCCAUACACGAUCACGGACACACCCGCUCAUGGUUCAGGGGCUCAGGACCAGCCCGACUGAUCAGGACAGUCACGUGCUGUUCUUUGACAUUGAGGCACUCAUUGGCUUCCUGAACUCCCUGAAAGGAAAGCAGCGCAGAGAUGCUUCCACUGCUCGGACGGGGGCUAGCACUUCACGAGACAUGUCACAACUACUGGCUGAAUUCAAAGUGCAGAUGCAGUCCGAACAGAAUUCUGGAAUGGCGGCAGGUACUCUGGAGCCUGGGGGCCUGGCCAAUCAGUCCGAAUACCAGAAGUACCUCGCCUUGUCCAUGUCCACCUCACCAGAGGCACACAAAAAGGCCUCCUCGGGUUUCAUUGCCAAAGUGAGAGACACCGUAAGAGACACAGCACAGAGCGUUGGCAUAAAAACAGACCAGGCAUCAGGCAGCAAGGCAGGAGAUGUGAAGAAUGCAGCAGCUGUGGAAGCCAGUGCCAAGAUGAAGCACCUGAGCCUGGCCGAGACCAAUCUGACCAUGGAGAUUUCGCAGCUGCUGUUGUCCGUCCUGCAUGCUUGGGGGCUCGACCCUGACCUUGACAAGGCGAGGCUUCCAGUUUAUUUUAAAACACUGGCCACCAUGGAUGUGCGGGCUUGCUUUUUUGGUGAACAGGUGUGCGAAAGUAAGCUAGGACUACUGUGCCCCAUGCGACCCACCUGCUUUGGUCUGCUGUCCCGAGGCAACCACAUGAGCCUGCUGCUUCCCACCUACAUGUACCGCAUGAUGCCUCUCUUGCCAAAAGCUGGAUCUAUGGGCAGCACCAAGGAGCGCAAGGUGGUGACCAUGCCAGUGCCCAAGGAGCAGAUUGAAGAGGAGGAGCGGGCACGACGCUUCUCAUCAAAAGGCCACUGGGAGUUAUCGACGGCUGUCACAACCAAUCACCUGAUCUCCGUGAUUGCCCUGGCCAACACACUCAGGUCUAUGAGAAGUGCCACCUUUGUACCCGAGCAGGAGAAGCGCCGAAGGCUACACAGGCGACUGAGUCGUGCUGAUAGCCGUGCCUUCAUGAUGACGCCUGCUGAAGGUGUUGUGGACAGCAGCGGCGCCCUGUCCGUCCUCCAGGAGGUUCUGUCUCAGCAGCAGGCUGAUAUCAAGCAGGGCUGGAGCUUGCUGGCUGCACUGCACACAAUCCUGCUGCCUGACCUGGUAGACACGCCAGACUUCAAGCAGCCACAGGUUGAAAUACUCGCCCGCCGGUGGCAGGACCGCUGCUUUGAGGUGCGUGAGGCAGCUCAGUCUCUUCUUCUUGCGGAGCUACGGCGCAUUGGUGCCAAGGGCCGCAAGAUGGUUGUGGACGAAUGGGCCAUCUACCUGCCAAACUACACCAGUGCCUCUGCCGCUACGUCCUACAUCUCGCCUGGUGGGCCCACUGCAUCAGCACCUCAGCCGGCACCUCCUCCUGAUAGUGGCAGCCCACCCUGUGUUGUUGCACCCGAGGCCUUCCAGUGUAGCAUCGAGAGCUACCAGUUUAAGUGUGCUCCUGUCAGCCGAGCCUCCUCAGGAGGAAGCACACCGUCAGGGCCCCAGACCAAGGGUGAGACGCAGUCAAUGCGAACGACCAAUGAGCAGAACUCGUCAGACGAAGACGAAGAGGAAGAGAGAGAAGGUGGGAAGGCGACCAAGCACUCCUGGAGUGCUGCCGAGGCCCGCCGAAAGCAGUCUACAGCCAUUGUUCUUCUCGGUGUGAUCGGAGCAGAGUAUGGCCAGGAGAUUGAACAGAGCAAGCGAAAGGGUGCCGAAGACCAGAGGAGGAGGUCUAUCGUGGAGGGAUUUGGACCCACCAACUAUUCUCUUGCACGGCAGACCAGUCAGGCACUGGCACACCUGCUGCUGACACCUGCGUCUUCAUCUCUUCCCGCUCACUCUUCGCUACGCCGAGCGGCCAUUGACCUGAUUGGCCGAGGCUUCGCGGUCUGGCAGGCAUACAUAGAUGUGUCCCGUGUGCUGCUUGGUCUGUUUGACCUCUGCUGCGAUGCAGACAAGCUGCUCCCCAGGGUGUCGUACGGGCUGCCGAUGACACCGGCGGCAGAUUCUUGCCGCACAGCCCGGCAGGCACUGUCCCUGAUUGCAACGUCGCGUCCGCCAGUAUUCAUAACGACGCUGGCACGUGAGGUGCGCCGCUACACCACUCUCGCGCAGGACGCCCAGUCUCUCAACAUCUCGCUGCAUCAGACAGUGCUGUGCCGUGCGCGCCCUGAGAUAUUGCGCAUUAUGGAUUUGCUCAUCAGCAAGAUGGAGGCGGAAGUGGCCAAGCUGCUCGCCGAGGUGAUGGAGAUCGUGCUGCACUGCGUCGACCCCACCCAGCUGAAGGCACGCGGGCUCGGCGAACUGUUCCCUCCGAUAUGCAGAUUUAACAUGGUCAGCUACUGCAAGGCAACGCGGCGCAUUGCUGUUGGAGGCAAGAAUGGCAACCUCACCAUCUUUGAACUGAAGGCCUCAAAGUCGCAGGUAACAAUGGCCCACACAGCGACCGUGGAUGCCUGCACAUUCUCCCCGGAUGGCAAAUAUUUGGCCACCUAUUCCAACGGGGAGAACAAGCUCUGCUUUUGGCAGACGGCAUCCGGCCUGUUUGGGCUGGGAAAUGCACAGCCGCGCUGUGUGCGCACCCACACGACGCCCGAACUGCCAGAAAGUGUAGUUGCCAACCCGCUCAAGAUGGCACGGCUCGUGUGGGUCACCAGCCGCAUCGUCAUCCUCAUGGUGGCCGACGGCACCGAGCAUCGAUUCACCCUCUAGUGCACUUCAUCCUCGGAAAUAUAUACAUAUAAUCACUCCUAUCAUUCACUUAUAUUAAAUUCGAAUUAACUUAUUUUAUCCUUACGUAAUUUACAUUACGUAAGGAUUCGUAAACAUAUUUCGUGCAUUUUCCAAUUCAUUUCGUUACGAAUAAAAUGACUACGCUGGCAUGUUGUGAUAAUGGUUGUUUGUAGUACUGCAGCUGUGUGAGACUUCAGGAAAAUUGGCAUAUCAGAAGUGCUAAUCCCCAUUUUUGUGUAAUAAUGUCAUCUUUUGUAACCUGCAAAUGCCAAUGUGGUAAAUAUUUACAGGUUAUGCCUACUAGCUGGCUAAGGUUUGACUUGGAGUACUCCAGCACCUCGUUAAAGUGGCGGUAAUCACCUGUACUGGCUUAAUAUACUGUAUUUGUAUAUUGCCACGUGCGUUUCUUUAUCACUUUUGCUGUAUUCGGUUUUCAGCCACAAAGACUGUCAGCAACGCUCAGCGCGAACCGCGCCUCAUUGUUCGAGAACCUUCGCGAUCAUUGUAGAUCGUUUUGUUAAGAUUGCGCGCAAGACGCGCACACUCGAGCUUAUUCUAGAAUUUGCAGGACAGCCAGCGAUAACGCUGGAAUAUUUGAAGGCACAUGUUUAAAUGCCG